AAAUUUUCUCGUUGAUUUUCUGGGUAGUGAACUUUUUUCAUACUUGUAUUCAAAUUUAUUUCGUAUUUAGCUCUGAUUUUGCAAGAUCUUUAUCUGAUUAGGUUCCGUAGAUCCUGAAAAUCACGAAUUUGCGUGUUGUUUAGGGUUAAUCUCAGUAGUUGUGUGAUUAGUGUUUGAAGAAGGUGGGCUAGUGUUCGAUGUUUACGUCGAUAAUCUAAUUUUGCAGGAAGUUAUGGCUAGUGAAGAUGAAUCGAUUGAACAAAAAGCUGCUGCUCGUAAAGAGGCACUUAAAGCUCUGAAGGCAGCUCAGGAACUGUCUGAGAUCAAGGAGGACGGAGAGGAUGAAGCUGUCGAAGAAGAUGGUCCAGCCAUGAAGUUUAGAAACUAUGUUCCCCAAGCUAAGGAGCUUCAGGAUGGUAAACUCGCCCCACCAGAGCUACCCAAAUUCGAAGAUCCGAUUCUUGCACUUCCACCUGCUGUGGAGAAGAAAGAGGACCCAUUUGUUAACAUCGCUCCAAAGAAGCCGAACUGGGACCUCCGAAGAGAUGUGCAGAAGAAGCUUGAUAAGCUCGAAAGGCGGACUCAAAAGGCAAUGUAUAAACUCAUGGAGGAGCAUGAGAAAGAACGUGAGACGGCUGAAGCUGAUGGUAACACCAUAGAAAGUUGAAACCUAACGACACCAUCAAAGAAACCACCACCGAACAUUAUAUUCUACUCAAUUUUUUAUCUGUUAAAGCAUUCGAAGUGACUAGACCAUAGGACUUGAUUUCUCCUCGUGUGUAAAACUCUACUGCCAUUGCCAUAGACAUAGUAGGUUUAUGUUCUUGUGUGAAGAAAAAAAAGUCGCAAUU